AUGGCAGAAACACACGGUGGAGUGGGUACCCAUCUGAGCAUCUGCAGCAACAGUGCGACGCAGGUCUCCAAGACCCCCCUCAGGCUUGAGGACUCCCAAGGACUCGUGCCUCAGAAGAGCUGUUCCACUUCUGAGUCCCCCGUCCCACGGUCGACGCUUAAGUCCGCCAGGACUGCUGUGUGCCAAAACCCGCAAAGCGCGGCCAGCCAGGGAAGCUCACCCAAGCUUCGGGGGCCAGGGGUUUUCCUGGAGGUUCUGCGGGCACGCAGCAUCCCUGCCGUGACUUUAGCUACUCAGGCCACAGCCCUCCAGAUGUCAAAACUGAUACAGCACGGCCCGAGGCCGCACACGGACAUAACCAGAUAUUCACCGAUCUGGGGAGAGUCCGACCAGGGCCAAAGACCAGGCAGCAUCGUCAGAAAGCAAAAACCACACUCUCCCAGGACGCCCGGGGUCCCUGGAACGGGAGCAACACGAUUUAUUUCAGGAGAAUCAGGCAUCGGGGUUUCCUCGUCUGUGGGUGUGACCGGCCCUUCAGCCCGGCUACCAGACCCUCCUCCGGGCCACUUCCCCCGCCUGGGCCUGACCCCUGCUCUUGGACCCCCUGGGCUUGGGAAGGCCACGGGUCCCGGGGAACGGCCCCGCCCCCAAGAUGGCCGCGCCCAUAUGCCGCUGAGGACCGCAGCAGGCGCCGCUCCCGUUUCUUAUUGCGACGAGCUGAAGGGAGCGGAGAGCGUGGCUUUGCGGGGCGGAGGGUGCGCAGCAGAACGGCGCGUGAGAGAGCGCUUCGGCCUCGGAGGCGGCGGAACCGGAGCCGCUGAGUCCCUCCGCGCGCGCCUCGCCGCCCGGAGACGCCAUUCCCCCCGCCGCCCCCACGCCCCACCGCGCCGCCGUGAUGUGCGACUCGUCGCGGGAAAUAUUCGCACGCUCUGGUCACCGCUUCGCGCCUCAGACGAACCCCGGCCGAAUCACUGUCCGCGACACGCGCCAUCUCGCCCAUUGACAGUGGGGACCGCCCCCCCCCCAGUGGCUCGUGCGCGUGCGCCUCGCUCCGAUCUGGGCCUGCGCGGCUACGGGGUGCGGAAGUGCUCCGCUGACCCGGGGGCGGUGCGAGGUCGCACCGGUUGUUGUUAUCCGCCCCGACUGUCGGGUUGUGGGAGGGGUUGUGAAUCGCAUCUCCUGUGUGGUCCUUUCCAGGAGCAGGGUGCAUCACUGAGACCACUGCUCACCAACUGCAGAUUCCUGCUCCUGGGCUUCCUAGUCUACAGAAGAGCCAGUGUGACGCCUCAGAAGAUCCCCCGCCCUUUGUCCGGGGCAGAACAGGAUGGCCACGGCCCAGAUGCGGAGAAGGUUUCCGCACACCAAACAACUCGCUGCCGCACCAGAUGGGUGUCCUACACUUAUUUUAAGGACCAUGACUUGGGGUGCCUGGGUUUUGCCACUCCAGUCCUACCGUCUUAG